AUGUGGCGAGUGGUGGUCGCGCGUUCCGACGACAACAGCACUCUGUUGUCCUCCGAGAUCACUUCCGGCGCCCCGGGUCACCUGUCGACCUUGCCGGCGCCGCCGUCGGGUCACCAUUGGGGUUAUCCGCCGCCGCCUCAUCAUCCUCCUUAUCAGCCGGCGCAGCACCCGGACAUGCGUCACCAUCACCAUCACCACCACCCGCACGACAUGCGCCCGCCGGCGUCCCACGAGCUGCGGCACGCCACCGGCGAGCUCAGGAGCCAAGAGCUGCGGCAUCCGGAGAUGCAGAGGCACCAGGAUAUCCAUGAUCGGCCCGACGUGGCCAAACACCAGGACAUACCAGGGAUGAGGACGGACAUGCCGGAGAUGCGGCCGAAUCACGAGUACUUGGAGCUGAAGAUCGACACCGAGCUGAGGGCUCCGGAGAACGGUCAGCAGCAGCCGCAGCAACAACGGCAGCGGCAGCAGUCACAGCACCAACCGCAACAGUCGCAGCAACAACCGCAACAGUCGCAGCAGCACCAGAAGCAGUCCCAGCAAUACCAGGGCCACCAGAGAAGCCUUAAGAGGGCCAUGAGCGAUUCCGACUGCGACGACGUGUUCUCGGAGGAGAGCGGCAAGGAACCAUGUAAUUCACCCGGAGGAGACUCCUGUCAGCACGCCUCACGAAAACGCAGGAGGGGGAUGAUCGAGAAGAAGCGCCGCGACAGAAUCAACGCGUCCCUCGGCGAGCUGCGGCGAUUGGUGCCUGCGGCCGCGCGAGACCCUCACAGCGGAAAGCUCGAGAAAGCGGAGAUCCUGCAGCUCACCGUCGAACAUUUACGGACUCUCCGCAACAAAGGACCGGAAGGAUACGACAGCACGAAGCUCGCGAUGGACUAUCACGCGGUAGGUUGGGGCGAGUGCGCAGCCGAGGUGGGCCGUUACCUGGUGACCAUGGAGGGCCUGGACGAGAGGGAUCCCCUCCGGCUGCGGCUGCUGUCGCACCUGCAGAGCUUCCACCGCGAGCAUCCGCCGUCAGGCGCCGUUCCGUCGGCGGUGCCGCCGACCACGACGUUAACGUCGUCGUCCACUGCCAGCGGCUACGAGCCGCCCAGCACAGUCUCUAGCGGGAUGCCACCCGGUCCGGGCAGCAUGCAACACCUUCUGAGCAGCAGCACCAUCGGCUGGAGCCAGUACCCGGGUCAAUAUCCCCAGCAGCAGCAUGGGAAGCCCUACCGACCCUGGGGCACGGAACUGGCGUACUGA